AGGCGCUAACGGCGCGGUCUAGACUAGGGAGUCGUCGGUCACGUCGCUAGCGCCCCGGCCCCUGGCCCUGCAUGAUCCCUGGCCUGGCGCCUGAUCUGCACGCGCUCAGCUGAUCGACUACCUUUUCUGUGUGUGCAGUGCAGUGUAGAACGACGAUUGGUGGAUUUGUCCAGAACCAUCAACUAAUCUGAUCUUCAUUCCCCAGUCGUGGAUUGUUGUGGAACUUGAAUGCCAUGUUGAUGGUAAAGACCGUCUGUGUCCAGGUCUUGCUGGUCUGGACAAUCCUAAAUGUUGUCACUGCUCAGGAUAGUGCCGUCUGCUCCAUUUUGUCAGACGGGACUGAUCUCAGUGCCGCGUUCAGCAUCAGCACGGUGGCUGGCCAGCCAACAGCCAACAAUGACAGUGAUGUGAUACAGAGGCCUGGCCAGCAGUUCACUUUCAUUUGCCUAGUGACUGUCCCUGGCAGUGGUAGUACGGCACCUACCUUCCAGUGGUCGUGGAAUAGCUCCGCGGUCGUACCAGCAACAGCCACAGCUUGCAGCAGCUCUAUCACUAAUUACUCAUUGACCGUUGCAACAGGUAGUACGGACCAAUGGAAUGUGUCGUUGGUGCUGUGCGCCGCAAUGCGUACAAAUGCUGGUGCAUACUCUCUUCGGCGUACUGGUGCAAGUGCCACAGUCCAGACGCUCACUCUUUAUGCACCUAUUGAGUUUAGCACAGCUCCAGGGAACACCGAUAUCGACAAGGGCAAGUCGGUGACACUGCGCUGUGUAGCCAGUGGCUACCCACGGCCAAGCAUCGACUGGCGCCGAGGCGGUCAAUCAGUGGCCAAUUUGGACAGCCGCUUUUCCGUCUCCAGCAGCGAGCUCGCCGGCUCGCCGCUGAGAACGGUAGAGGCCACGUUCACGUUGACGGAUGCACAGUACAAGGACCGCAGUGAUGGCACAUUUAGCUGUGAGGCGAGCAACAGGCGUAGUGCCGGAGACCUCUCCUCGGAAUCACGCUCUGGCAUCAUUGUUCGUGUGCGAGAUCCUCUUGGAGCCCUUUGGCCUACUCUGGGCAUAGUCGUGCAAGCUGUCAUUCUGACCGUUGUACUCUUCUGUGACCAGAAGGUGAAGCAAGCAGCCAAGCUGGCCGGAGGGGUGGCCAUGUCUGGCUCUGAAGUGGACCUGGACGUCAUUCUAGGCCGCAAAGACAACAUCAUGUCUGACGAAAGGCAACAAGCGGAAAGCACUGCAAUGACCAUCGACUCUGCUCCCUAAGUUUCUCAUUCGCUGCAGAGUGCGGACGAGCAGUGUUCUAAUGGUGCACUGGGGUCUAUAUAACCUCCGAUGAAGGAUAGGUGGACAGCAUCGGCACAAAUCCCCGCAAACUGCGCAGUACAGUGAUCAUGAUGCCGAGAAUCUAUUCAUCUACUGGUCAGCACGCUUCCGUGCCGAUCGGUUCCAUGCUGUCUCGGCAGGACCGUCUCUGUACAGUGUGUGUGUGUGUGUGCGCGCUAUCGUGCGAAACCUGCCAAUAUGCUGUAAAGCUUGUUUUGCCUGCUGGUCGACAUUCCUCCCUGAUGUUGUUCAGCAUAGGCUGCAGUAUAUACCGGUACAGAAUCCUAAUCUUGGAAACGUUUAGAUAUUGUGUUCCUUCUUUCCAACACGCAUGGGCGAGGGUUCUUUUCACAGUUAUAGUACAUGUUAGUGCCCACGUUGCCAGCCAUGGCAGCUCUUUUUUUGGCACCAACUGUGUAUAAUUAUUGGACUCCACUGAGUAGUGAACCUUGAGGCUCGGACCAAAUACCUAGGUCCAGUAGUUUGCUAGGCCGUCGCUGCCAUCAUGCUGCACACCCACAUCAUACACUGGGUGGGCCGUACGGCAUGUUGACUUGCGUUACCUGUACAUAAGUUUAACGUUACUGCUGCUGCGGUGGUCACAUUCUAUCAGUGUGAUCAAAGUGACUAGUACUCUCGCUGUGGUACUGUGUCCUUUCUGCAUGGCUUGAUGGCACCACCGCAUGCUCUUAUCUCGUUGUUGGCAUUUCUUCGCCGCUCUUCUUCAGUAGAACUUGGCAUGUAUCAUUGUAAAUACGUUGAACACAGCGUGCUGUGCUACUGCAGUUUUUCAACUUCUUUUUGAAAAUUUAAACUAACGGCUGUACUGUGUUUGGGGAACACUUAUUGUAAUGUAGAGGUUGUCUUCCUGCUGGCUGCAUUCACUUCUCUUGCUUGUUCUUCUUUUCCUUCUCUCUGCUGUAACUGCAAUCUGCCUUUAUCACAAUGUGUGACAUUUUCGCAGGGUUA